AUGGGUGAUAACGCAGCUGCUGAAAUCAGCCCACAAUUCUACAAGAACUUGAUUGAGCAAGCAACUGAUGGUCAAUGGCCACGCAAAGAUGUUGCUUGUGCGAUUCACGAUGCAUUGCAAAAAUAUAGAACAACCAGGUCUGAAGAUGUGAUCUCAUGGUCCUCUCCUAUCCACAUGGGAGCAAAUGAAUGA